AUGGUGAAGCUUCAGCUGCCCAACCCAGGCCUGGACAAUAGGAUACCUUCCCACUCAGAACUUGAAACCAUUGAGAAAGAAGAGGCUGAUACGAGACCAAAAUGGGAUAACAAGGCUCAGUACAUGCUAACCUGUAUAGGGUUUUGUGUGGGAUUAGGAAAUGUAUGGCGAUUUCCUUAUCUCUGCCAGAGCCAUGGAGGAGGAGCCUUUAUGAUACCUUUUCUCAUUUUGCUUGUCCUGGAAGGUAUCCCACUGCUUCAUCUUGAGUUUGCCAUUGGUCAAAGACUGAGAAAAGGUAGUGUGGGAGUCUGGAGUUCUAUCCAUCCUACCCUGAAGGGAGUAGGUAUAGCAGCAAUGCUUGUAUCCUUCCUGGUGGGUUUAUACUAUAACACUAUCAUUGCCUGGGUGAUGUGGUAUUUCUUCAACUCCUUCCAGGAGCCGUUGCCUUGGAGUGACUGCCCACUCAAUGCUAACAGAACUGGUUACGUAGAAGAGUGUGCCAAGAGUUCUCCCGUAGAUUAUUUCUGGUAUAGAGAAACUUUAAAUAUUUCCACUUCCAUUGAUGAUUCAGGCACCAUACAGUGGUGGCUUUUACUGUGUUUAACAUGUGCCUGGGGAGUACUAUAUGUGUGCACAAUCAGAGGCAUUGAAACAACAGGAAAGGCAGUGUAUGUAACAUCAACUCUUCCUUAUGUUGUGCUUACCAUUUUCCUGAUCCGUGGCUUGACAUUGAAAGGGUCAGUCAAUGGAAUUGUAUAUCUCUUCACUCCCAAUGUUACUGAAUUGGCUAACCCAGUCACAUGGCUGGAUGCUGGAGCCCAGGUGUUCUACUCUUUCUCCCUUGCCUUUGGAGGCCUCAUCUCCUUCUCUAGUUACAAUUCCAUUCACAACAACUGUGAGAAAGAUGCUGUGAUUAUCUCUAUAAUCAAUGGUUUCACAUCCAUUUAUGCAGCAACUGUCAUAUACUCCAUCAUUGGGUUCAGGGCAACAGAGAGAUAUGAUGAUUGUUUCGGCAGAAAUAUUCUUACCCUGACAAAUGCUUUCGAUUUGCCAGAAGGUAAUGUAACCCAGGAAAACUUUGAACAGAUGCAGAAGUGGUGUAACAUGACUGAUUCAGUGACUUUUGUAGGCCUUAAGUUUGAGACCUGUAACCUCGAAAGUUUCUUAACUGAUGGAGUUGAAGGAACUGGCUUGGCUUUUAUAGUCUUCACUGAAGCCAUCACCAAAAUGCCUGUCUCACCUUUGUGGUCCAUUCUCUUCUUUAUCAUGCUGUUCUGCUUAGGCUUGUCAUCUAUGUUUGGAAACAUGGAAGGUGUUCUUGUACCUUUGCAAGAUCUUAAUAUCGUACCCAAAAAAUGGCCUAAGGAACUUGUUACAGGUUUGAUUUGUGCAGGGUCUUAUUUGCUUGCCUUUAUUUUUGUGCUGAAUUCUGGUAACUACUGGCUGGCACUAUUUGACAGUUUUGCCGGAUCCAUUCCCUUGCUGAUAAUUGCUUUUUGCGAGAUGUUUUCAGUCGUCUACAUUUAUGGGAUAGACAGGUAUGAAAUAAACAUAGGCUUAAGCAUCAGCCUACAGCCUAAUACUUGGUUCCAGUAAACUUGGAGAGUCCCUUCCAGGACUAUAUUCCUGUGUUGAAUGUUCUUGAUAUAUUUUGACCACCAGUCCUUGAAACUUGAUUGUUUAUUCUCACAGGAUCAGUUCCCCAAAUCAGAGAGAGUUGGAUAUCCUGACUGGGUGUAUGCCAUCAUUGUGAUCUUGGCUGGAGUGCCUUGUUUGGUCAUCCCUGUCUUUGCCAUCUACAAAGUCAUCAGAAAUUGCUGUCAAGAACAAGAUGGACAUCAGGGCCUUGUCAUCUCAGUUUCUGAGCCCUCUGUGAAUGGAGACCUGAAGAAUCAUGCAUAAAAACGUAUUUCAAAGAGAUGGAAAAAAGACCUUGUUAGUGAUGGAAGGAAAAACAAACCAAAAAAUUUAAAUGACAUCCAUAGUUAGUUCCAUUGUCAUAAAGGGGCAAUGAUGUGAGUUCCCAGGGGAACAAUGAAACUAAGUGAAUCCUAUAGUAACUGAUUUCAGUGUCUGACUGUUCAGGCAGGAGAAAUAAUGUGAACACUAAUUUUAUGCUGAUUUGUGUCUUGCACACUCAAUUGUUUUUAAGCACAUAUAUCACUGUGUUGCACAGAGUCACAAAUACUUUUC